GCAGCUGCUUGGCUUUGCAAAGAUGGUUUGUGGAUUUGGUGGCAAUGCUGACCAGCAAGAGAGUGCCGGCUGGGCAUGUGCUUGGGGACUCUCCCUGCUUUCAGACUCUAGGGUACAUGUGUAGUCCUGUGGCUGCUGGUCUGUCCUGGGAAGCCCUGCUGGGUCUCUUUACAUCCCCACCAGAUGCAGAUGGAGCCUGGCCGAUGCUGGGAAGCAAAGGCAUUGAGAUUUCCACCCUCACCCCUGAGAACAUGAGGACUUAAUGUAACUCAGCCAUAAAAACUGAGCUGGAGAUGAAACUUGGCAUAUAAGGUCCCAGCCUGGGAGCAAAUGAAGUUACCAGUUAUAAACACACACACCAAAAUCUGUUUGGACAUGCUGAAAUUACAGGAGCAGAGGAUAAAAAGGAUCCAAGAUGUUUUAUUUUGCUCUAACUUCUGCAGCUCUGCAUUUUUCAAACCAAGUCAAUUCCACAUCCCUGAACUCUCCAACAAGCCGGGGACCCAUGGCUACCCCUUCCCUCCAUCCGUCCAUCGGGCCAGGCAUCGGCUCCUCGCUGGGCUCCCCGGGUCAGCUCCACUCGCCCAUCAGCACCCUGAGCUCUCCCAUCAACGGCAUGGGGCCCCCCUUCUCCGUCAUCAGCUCCCCCAUGGGACCACACUCGAUGUCCGUCCCCUCCACCCCCAGCCUGGGAUUCGGAACCAGCAGCCCGCAGCUCAAUUCACCCAUGAACCCCGUCAGCAGCUCAGAAGACAUUAAACCACCCUUGGGGCUCAAUGGGGUCCUCAAAGUGCCAGCACAUCCCUCAGGAACUAUGGCCUCCUUCACCAAGCACAUAUGUGCCAUCUGCGGGGACAGGUCUUCAGGUAAACAUUACGGGGUUUACAGCUGCGAGGGCUGCAAAGGCUUCUUCAAGCGCACGGUGCGGAAAGACCUGACCUACACGUGCCGUGACAACAAGGACUGCUUGAUUGACAAGCGCCAGCGGAACCGGUGCCAGUACUGCCGAUAUCAGAAGUGUCUUGCAAUGGGGAUGAAACGAGAAGCUGUGCAGGAAGAGAGGCAGCGGGGCAAGGACCGGAACGAGAACGAGGUGGAGUCCACAAGUAGCGCCAAUGAGGACAUGCCCGUGGAGAAGAUCUUGGAAGCUGAACUCGCGGUGGAGCCAAAGACAGAGACGUACAUUGAAGCAAACAUGGGCUUGACGCCUAGCUCGCCCAAUGACCCGGUAACGAACAUAUGCCAGGCAGCGGACAAGCAGCUCUUCACCCUGGUGGAGUGGGCGAAGAGGAUUCCCCACUUCUCCGAGCUGCCCCUGGAUGACCAGGUCAUCUUGCUCAGAGCAGGGUGGAACGAGCUCCUAAUUGCCUCCUUCUCCCACCGCUCCAUAGCUGUGAAAGACGGGAUCCUCUUAGCCACCGGGCUUCACGUGCAUCGGAACAGCGCUCACAGUGCUGGUGUCGGUGCCAUCUUUGACAGAGUACUGACAGAACUCGUGUCAAAAAUGCGAGACAUGCAGAUGGAUAAGACAGAGCUAGGCUGCCUGCGAGCCAUUGUCCUCUUCAACCCCGAUUCGAAAGGUCUCUCCAACCCGGCUGAAGUUGAGGCGUUACGAGAGAAGGUGUAUGCAUCGCUAGAGGCAUACUGCAAACACAAAUACCCCGACCAGCCUGGGAGGUUCGCCAAGCUCUUGCUCCGUCUCCCUGCGCUCCGGUCCAUCGGCCUGAAAUGCCUGGAGCACCUCUUCUUCUUCAAGCUAAUAGGCGACACGCCGAUCGACACCUUCUUGAUGGAAAUGCUGGAAGCGCCUCAUCAAAUGACUUAGAGAACUGCUGCUGGGUCAGUCCCUACCGCCUGGCCGGGGCCUCCCGGGGCUCCUUCCUCUGCUUUUCUCCUCCUCUGCCCUGGCCCCCUUCCCUGCCUCCUCUCCCCGAUGCUGGAGACACCGUCUGAUCUUCUCCGUCUGCUCCCCAGGGCGACACCCUGAAGUCCUUGCCUCCUCAUCAUGUUCACCCUUGUUCAUUCGCUGUCAUUGCUGCGUCUAAAGAUCUGGUAGCGGUUUCCCUGCGGUAGAUGUAGAGAAGUGGGAACGGAGUGUUUUUCACAAGCGACCACGGCUCUCCCCCGCGCCCUGGUCCCCCUCGCCGUUUGUAGCGAGCCGCGGGCUGGGUUUUGCGGUGCCCCCCCGGUCGGGGCCGCCUUUCCCAGGGCCGAGGGGGGCUGGGAGUGGGGGACGGCCCGAGCCGGCCACGGUGGCCCUUUGGGCAGUGGGGUUCAGAUGACCUAAGGGGAGUGGUUUAACUCGCUGAAUUGCAGCUGGCUAUUUUCAGAGGAUGGAGUUUUUGAAAAAGAGAAGAGAAAAAAAAAAUCUAUUUUUGGUUUCCAACUAUUAUUAGUAGUCUUAGUAGUUACUUCUCUGAGGGAGAGGCAGCCCUCACCGUGCCCCGCAAAUGAGUCACCCGUGGCUGCACCGAGCCUUCUCCUUUCAGUUCAAAGCAGAGGAUUUGGGAUUGAUCUUAAUCCCCCCCCAGCAAAGAAAGACCCGAACGGAGAGAUGAACAGUGGUGCGGACAGACGGAGCCGCCCUGCCCUGGGUGCGGAGGGCAGCGCGGGAUGGAAAGGCCCCGCUUCCCAGCUGGAAGGGCAGCCGGGUGCCGCUGCUGCUUCCAAAGAUGACUCUGCGCUGGGCUGCGGAGCUCGCCAAGCAGACGGGAGCCAACUGGAACGUGCGGGCCUGCAGCGCUUGCUCUGGGGCUGCGAGGGACUCAAAAUCGCCCUGUGCCGGCUUGCGGGGGGCUCGCGGGCCCCCCCUGCACUGCGUGCGUGCCCACCACGCUGCAGCAUUUCGUGUCCGUGAGGCUCAGCGCGGCUGACCCUGCGGGGAGCUGGCGUUUGCUGCCAGGGCUUCUGCAACGGAGGCGAUGGUCCUUUGGCAGGCAGCCGCGCGGCGUGGGCACCGCUCCCCCCUUGGCGGGUCCUGGCCCAGCUCGGUGGGGCUGGGGGGGCUGCCAGCCGGUGGGGCGGGCACCACAAAACGUGGCUUUCACGCUGGCCGAGCUGCAGGUAGGCAGGUGGCCGGGGUGCCGGCGGGCCCUGCGACGUGCCGGCGAGGUCCGAGCCCUCACCUCCGAUUUCGGGAGGCUGCUCUUGUCGAUUCAGCAGCUGCGGUUUGCAACCCUGUAAGGCAGCAAUUAGUGGGAGCGCUUGGCCGGGCUGUUAAUUGUGUAUGUUAAUUAGUGGUGAAGCAAGAACUGGGACCCCCUCCGCUUUCCUGCAUCUCCUCCGCUUUCCUGCAUCUCCUCCGUCAGGCAGAGACGUGGAUGCUGCAAGGGCCCGGCCGGAGCCGGGGAAGCCAGCAGCACCCCUGCCCGGGUGGGCACUGGGCACCCGGCUCCCUGCCAGCCGGAGCCCUCGGCUUUUUAAUUAAGCCUUUGCUUGGCAGCAGGGAGAUGGGGGGGUUGGGGGCUUCCCAGCCCCGCUGAUGGACGUCGCUGCCGAUUACGGCCGCUUCCCCUGUGCGGUCGCGCCGGGCAGGGCUGCCCGUGGCCCCUCGGCGGGGAGCCGCGUCGCGCCGGCCCUGUCUCGCGCCUGGGGAGCGUUUCCAGCUCCUUCAGUCUCGUGUUUCCCCAUCGCUGAUGGACUUGGGCAGCAGGAGCCGGGCUGGGCAGGGAGGAGGAGGAGGAGGAGGAGGAGGGACAGCCGCUUGGCUUUCGCAGAGCGAUGCCUUCUGCAUUAACCCUCCUCGCGCAUCCUGGCACUGCAGCCGGGCCUGCCGGGCCGGCUCCCCGGGGAGCUCGGGAGGCCGAGGAAAGUCACCAGGGAGCAUUUGUCCCUUCCAGCUCACAAUCUCACUUUAAUCAGGUGUCUCCAGAGCCCAACUUAAAAAAUGAGUUAGAAGAAAACGCAAACAAUGAAGGAUCUUGCUGAGGGUUUUUCUCCUCCGCAGCAGCGAUGGUUUGUCCUGAGCCCAGCGGAGGAGCGCGCGGCCGGAGCCGCGGACGAGGUGCCUGCGGUUGGCUUCAGCCCGAGGACUUCCCCACCACUUCUAUUUUUUCUGUGCUUUAAAACGAUAAAUUAUUAGGUCCCAAAUAUAUUUCUCGCUCUCCAUCUCCCUGGGGUUGCAGCUGGCUUGUUGGGCCAUCGCUCCGUGCCGGCGAGGGUGACGGCGCAGGGCCCGCUCCCGCCUCCGCUGCCGAUGGGGCGCAGCCAGCACCCGGCCGUCCUCGCGGCCCGUCCCCGGCAGUGAGCGAGGCCAUCUCCCUGCUAAAGAAAUACUCAGGAUUUCAGGUCAUAACUCUCCCUUAGGCUGGCCUGAAGUGGCGCAUCCACAGAGGCGGGGAGAGCGUUUUGGCUGCGUUUCUGCAGCAGCCUGCGUGCCGCCGAAAAUAUUAUUAAACAGCUUCGCCCUGGAAGAAUUUGCCAAGAAAACUAGGCAAGAGGAACGGAGUAUGUAGAGGGUGCCAGUAACGCGAGCAGGCUGCGCCUUGCCAGCGUCGCGCUCGCGCCCCGCGCGCGGUGGCCGGGUCUCGCCGGGAGGGCGAUGAGCGCCCGCGGCUGCGGGAGGAGACGCCGGAGAGCACGAGGGCGCUUUAUGGAAGAGCCCGUCGACCUUGCACUAUAAUAAACCUUCACUGAUGUUUAUCUCCGUUGGGUAGAACCACUUUUUUCUGGUCGAAUGCUUGAAAGGGGCCAGGGCCGGCUGCGAGCAGGGUGGGGGAGGCUCUUCCGUGCCUCAGUUUCCCCGGGCGGAGCAGCGUGUUGCAGGAGUCGUGCUUCUCGCUGAGGAGGGUUUUGGUGCAAGAUUGAGCAUCGUUCUGGACUUUCGGGGUGCUGUUGGCGCCGGCGGGUGUUGCGGGAGCUGCCGUCAGCCGGCGUCACUCCGUCACCCUCGCUGGAGCACCGGUCCAUGCCGGCGGCCACCCCGGCUCUCGCGGCCCGUGACCGACCCGCAGAGCACCGGCUGCCCAAACCCCACCGCCGACGGCCCCGUCGCACCAGAAAGCUCACGCGUCCGCUGUCAUCGCCGCAGCAGCCUUAAAGCAACUUGCUUUUGCAUGAGUUUGAGUCUGUCAUUUGUAUUCUUUUCCAUUUUUGGCUUUUUCAUUGUUCUUUCCUCAUCGUGAUAGUUAUGAAUAUACUACAUGCUUGUUUGAAGAGGUGAUACGUGGGUAAAAGAAGAAAAAAAGCGGCACAUUAUUCACUAGAGAGGUAGGACUUUUAUUUAACCAGGUCUUAGUAUUCUUGCAAAAAUCUGGUUCGAUUAGGGUGAUUUAUUUCCAAUUCUUUUUUAAAUUUCUUUCUGUUGGUGGGACAAUCUUUAAUUUUCUAAAGAUAGCACAAACAUCAGCCUUUGGGCCACCCGUCCGCCCCCCGGAUGCUCCUCGCUGCCUUGUGUGUGCGUUUCAGCCGAGCCGUAAAACAAAGCGGCUCCAAGCUCAGCGUCUCCCUUCGGAUGCUCCUGCCGGAGCCGUCGCGGGCCCCUGCCCGGCCGCGGCUCCGGCUGCCGCCGUCCCCCCCGGCGCCUCGCGUGCAUGACCCGUUUUCAGUUGACCCAUAUGUGCGUGUGUAUACAUGUAUGUACUGUAGAUAUAUACACUGUAUAAAUACCCUCACUCACAUAUACCUAUAUUAUAACCGUAGCAGUUACAGCCUUUUUGUGUUUUUGUUUUAAGUCGGUUCUUUUUUCCUGGGUUUUGUUUUUUCUCCUCGUACAUUUUUUGCUUCGUGUAAGCGAGUACAUUGUAUCCGAACCCCUUCCCGAAUUGGCAUAAGCCAAAUCUGGAUCUUUAUAACUCGAGACAAAGGAAAUGCAUCUAUUUUAAGAUGCCUUUUUGUUCUGUUUUUGUGUUUUGAGCAGCAGGUGGUUUUGAGUAAAAUAGCUUUAGCAGUUCCCAAUACUUAGCGAUGGAUGCCUUGGCUAUGGGGUGCAUAGCUGAAAAAUAAAAUACGUUAAAAUUUAGAGUGACAAAAAAAAAAAAGAGAAAAGGAAAAAUAUCUAAAGCAUCGAUAAAGUUAAAAUCUAUUUUUGUACAAAUGUAAUUUUAUCCCUUACGUAUUCUUGGAUAUUUUUUUUUCUGGAUUGUUUUGUUUCUUCUAUAGAGAUUGUUAUAAACCGUCUCUCUCUUUCUCUCUCUCUCUCUCUCUCUUUCUCUCGGUAAAUGUUCAGCCACAGGGACAGGGAUCUGGAGAAGAGUGAGAAACUUUUGACCGUGUUUUAAAGGCUUUAUAUGAAACCUGUUUUGAAAUAAUUUUUUUGAAUGAACUUUUUAUUUUUUUCCCCCACUUCCAAAAUCUUUUUUUUGGGGGGAGGGGGCGGGCUGGUCUGGGGGUGUCUUUUGUCACGUAUAUCCGGCGUUCCCGCAGGUCUGUUUUACUGUGAAAUCACUACCGUAUAUUAUUAUUCACUUAAAAAAAAGGAAAAAAAGGAAAAAAAAAAGAAUUGCUGCUGGAAACGCCAGUAUUUUGAUGAACAAUUGUAUUAGAAUUGUGAAAAAAGAAAAAGAAAAAAAGGAAAAGAAAAAAGGCAAAAAAAAAUAUAUGAGCAUUUUAAAAUAUAA